GAACGUAUACGCACUCGUACUUCUGAGACAUCGACAAGGUUGUUGGCAUCCAUUCAUAACCUUCAGGUACGAAGGCACAAUGCAUGCAUAAAUACACUACGUUGGCCCAAUCAAUCAAUACAGGGCGUUCUAAGCUAACGCACGGUGUGGCGGCUGCUUACACUCCCCAGGAACCUCUACAAGACUUACGACGCCCGCUCAGCCUCUCAAUAUCUCAGACACCGCAAACAUUAUUUUCAUCAUCUUCAACAUCUCAAACAUCAUACCACUUUGCUGAUAUCAUUAGAUCCAUCCUCGCGCGGUGCGUCGAGUGAUACAUACCGGCACCAACUUGAUCAAUUAUCCUUAUCUGCAUCAUGUCGGACAGUGCGGGGUCUCCACUCCUGCUCAGCCCAGAGCAACGACCAUCAUCGUCGAAGCAUUCUCAACGUUCAGUCAAUUCGCGCGCUUCACACACUUCACACACUUCACACACUUCACACAAUUCACACAAUUCACACAACUCACACGAUUCUGGCGACUCACACGAAUCAUCACCCUUAUUAGCGCAAUCUGAUGAUACCCCUCGGUACGAUGGCGAAGAUCCAGAAGAUGAGGAUGAUCGAAUCGUCUCGCCAGCUGCAGAAUCUCUACGUUCUAUCCAUAAUCGAGAAUCUGGCAAGUCUGCCAAUGAAGGCUUACGAUGGCCAACGAUUUUUGCUGUCACCAUGUUGUUUUUAGCUGGUAUCGUUAUUCUGAUAUGUGCAUUUUUCGCGCCUGCAAUCGUUCAAGAAUAUGCCAAGGAAUCUCUUGUUAUCGAGCCUACGAACCUAUCGAUAGAUAGCUUCACCGCCAACGGAGUGAAGGCUCGCGUACAAGUAAACUUCAAGAUGGAUGCUUCAAGGGUCAAGAACAACGCUGUUAGAAAUAUCGGAAGAUUUGGCACCUGGAUCGCGAAAGAGGUUGAAAGCCAGGAAUCAAAUGUCGAGGUUUAUCUUCCAGAAUAUGACAAUCUUCUCAUCGGAACCGCUGUUGUGCCGAAGGUAGUGGUAAAUAUUCGAAAUGGUGUUGUCACACCAAUCGACUUCGUUACCGACCUUAAAGCAGGAAGAGUGGACGGAUUAAGACAGGUUGCCAAUGACUGGCUAGAGGGUCGUUUGGGACAGUUGCGGGUAUUAGGCAAAGCCGAUGUCACAUUGAAGUCAGGAUUACUUCCGCUUGGAUCUCAGAGUAUAUCCGAGUCAAUGAUUUUUGAAGGCAAUGAUAUCCCAGCCAUUCCCAAAUAUAACAUAACUCGUCUCAACUUCAAGGAGAUCCCUCUCUCCAAAGAUGGCCAUCGUGGAAUGGCUGCUGAAGUCUCGCUAUCCUUGGUAAAUAGCUACCCAAUAAGGUUGAGUAUUCCUCCGUUGCGAUUUGAUAUACUAGUUUCGAAUUGCGCUGCCGACGAACCACACAUUCAGCUCGCUGAUGCCACUACUGAUAACGUUGUGAUCGAACCAUAUUCAGAUGUUACUCUUGAUGUCGCAGGUAUAGUUCGGAAUCUACCUGACAGUCUUUUGCAAACCUGCCCCAAUUCAAAUUCCUCGCCACUGGAUCUGCUUCUCAGUGACUACAUUCACGGCAAUGAUACUACUAUUUUUGUUCGAGGUUCAAAAUCACCAUCCCCAGAGACACCCGAUUGGAUCACUCAAAUUAUAUCAAGCGUCACAGUACCAGUACCUUUCCCAGGUCACACAUUCGAUCAGCUGAUCAAGAACUUUUCUCUCACAAACACAGAUUUCAGUUUACCUGGACCUUUUGCGGAGCCCGGAACACCCGAGUCAAAUCCAAGAAUUUCUGGUGAUAUAAUGGUAUUAGCAGCUUUGCCUAAGGAGAUGAACUUUAGCCUUGACGUUUCGAAAGUUCGUGCAUCAGCCGAUGUAUUCUACAAAGGAGAUAAGCUAGGUGUGCUAAACCUACAAAAAUGGCAGGAAGCUCGAUCGAAACGAGUCAAUGACAAAGGAGAUGUUUCUUUGAAGAUCGAAUCACAUAUCAAGAAUGCGCCUCUAGAAAUCACCGACGAGGAUGUAUUUGGAGAUCUUGUGGCUGAUUAUUAUCUGGGUGGAAAGGCUGUUAGUCUUAAGAUUGUUGCUUUGGUUGAAGUUGAAAUAUCUACUGUGCUAGGUGAUUUCAUUAUUAAAGAUUUACCCGCGGAAGGAGUUGUUCCUUUGAAGCGUUAGGGGCCUAUUGAAUUCAGCGCAACUGCACUGAAGCUGACGGGAUUGUAGCGAUCUCUACGGGUGGUGAUUUCCACCAACUCAACCUUAAGGUUGGCGACUUGAAAAUAUUCAACACAGGCCAGACAUCAAUCAAUCUACAAGCGAAAAUCAACUUCACUAAUCCAACUGAAUACACUGCUCGAAUCCCUUACGUGAAUAUUCAUAUUUUGAACAACGGCUCAAUAAUCGGUGAUGCCACGGUACGCAAUAUCAACGUCUCUCGAGGGAAUAAUACGAAUGUUCUUGUUGAAGCUACUUGGGAUCCUAUGACAUUCGGUGGUGAAACGGGGCGCAAAAUUGGCCGGGAAUUAAUUUCGCAAUAUGUUUCUGGUUUCAAUACGACUCUUACUUUCGAAACUCAUGAAGGAUCUAUUCCAUACCAACCAAAACUCGGAAAGGCACUUAGCAAGUUCGCAGCUACAAUACCUACACCUCGAUUAUCAACGCCUGGGAAUGGGAACGAUAAGGGUCCUGAUGAUGGGAAACCACAUUUUAUUGAUGACGCAACUUUUCAUCUCUUCUCAUCAACAGCACAGUUUACAUUACUCUCACCUCUACAACAUAGCACAAUAUACAUUGAAUCUAUUGAUGCUGAAGCAUUCUAUAACCAUACUGAAACAGUUGGCAAGAUUGUUUACGACUAUCCUUUCGCAGUACCCCCUGGUACAAGCGAAUCGCCUAAAUUGCCCGUGGACUGGUCUUUUGAUGGGGUAGGAUACGACGCAGUAGAAAGAGCAUUAGGUGGCACCUUAAAAUUAGAUGCGAAGGCCACAAUUGGUCUUCGGCUUGGUCAAUGGACGGAAACAAUUUGGUAUUUUGGCUCAGGAAUCGGUGCUCAUGUUAGACUUUGAGGAGCGAAAUGCUCAAAAUUGUAUGCGUUACAUUAUAGAUUGGGGGCAGUACUAAUUACUGCGGUCA